AUGAUCUAUUUUAUUGUACUAGCACUCUGCUGUAGCUUUUUCUCUAGCAGAGCCACCCCUCUUCUAUUUGAGUUUUCGGACUGUGAUGAUCCUGAUGUUUUUAAAGCUGUCGACGCAGCACUGAAGAAAUACAAUGGAGACAUAGCAACUGGUAAUCAAUUUGCUCUACACAUGGUGAUGGAAGCCAAAAGAACUGCAGGUCCUGAUGCACAGUUCUAUGUGAAAUAUCGAAUACGAGAAACCACUUGUGCCACUGAGGAAAAAAAACUCUGGCAAGACUGUGAUUACAAAGUAUCUGCAGAGGCUAAAACAGGAGAAUGCACAGCUCGGGUUCACAUGAAUAAUGCUGAAAAAACAAGUAAUGUUUCACAAGACUGCAAAAUAUUUCCAGCUACACCAAAGAUAACACUUACUCAGGCUACAUGUCUUGGAUGCUUUCAUCCUAUAUCAAGUGACAGUUCAGUAGUGCUGGAAAUUCUGAAACAAGCCAUUCAGAAGUUUAACAAGCACAGUGGUGAACCUGCCCUUUUUAAGCUUGUGGAAAUAAAAGAAGCUACAAGACAGGUGGUAGCUGGAUGGAAUUAUGCAAUUAAAUAUGAAAUUGAGGAGACUAAUUGCUCCAAAGACCAAUUUCAAGAUUUAACUCCAGAGUGCAAAACCACUUCCAGAGGUCGUGUAGGUAAAUGCGAUGCCAAAGCAUAUCAAAGUCUUCAGGAAGUGAUUGUGGAUAUUGCAAGCCAGUGCAAGCUUCCAGUUGAAGAGACAGUAAUUCCUGCCACUCAAACUGGUUGUCCAAAGACUGUAGCAAAUGACAACCCAGAACUGAAGGAACUACUGAAGGUUUCCAUGGAGAAGUAUAAUUCGGAAAGCAAUGAUGAUUUCUACUACAAAAGUGGAGAAAUACAAGCAGCGACAGUUCAGGAGGUUGCAGGACAAAAAUACCAUAUAACAUUUGAAGUCCGGAAGACAAACUGUUCAAAGACAGAUUUUGAGAAAAUUAAUGAAGACUGUGAAGCGACGUCAGACAGUGUACCAUUGUCAUGUGAAGCACAAAUUCAUGUGAUCCCAUGGGAGAAUAAAAUCUUUCCCCAGGUUAACUGCUCCAGAGAACGGUCACAGGCUGUAUUACUAAGAAGGCCUCCUGGAUUCACACCUUUUCGAAGUCUUUUUGUGCUAAAUCAGCCAAAUGAAAUGCCAUGCUCUGAUAAAAAUGAAGAAGAAAAGCAAAGACCUGAUAAAGAAAUGAGAGAAGAUGAGAAAAGACCUGAUAAAGAAAUGGGAGAAGAUGGUGGACAGGAACUAGAAGGUGAAGAUCGCCCAGAAUCUCCUCUCCCCCGAUGCCCUGGAAAACCAUGGAAAGAAAUUAUGGACAUUCCAGCUCCUUCUAGCUUUCCCAGAGAAUUCACAAAUGAGGAUCUCUUGCCUUCUGCAGCAGAAAACAGCAAUCCAGCCACAGAAAACUCAACACCUUCCCAAAAUGAAAUGAAAGACCUUGAUCUCUCAGAUGCUUUACUAUAA